CAGUAUAAGGUGCUCUGAAAGGCCUUUAAUUUUCUCAAAAAUCAACAGUGUGCCUUAUGUGUGCAGUUGGUUCCAAAAUCUGGAAAAAGGUUGUGUAACUUUGGUAAGCGUACUGCUUCAGUGACGGUCGGACCAUUUUUUACCGACACUACGUACAGUGUAAUACGUACACUACUUAUGCCAGCAACGAUAAACCAUUCAGACAUUACGUAAUAUGAACUCUACGUCGCUAAUACAUACAGUACGUAAGCACGACUGCGGUAGUUAUGUAUGUAUGUUUUAGCACCUUGUAAAACGGUGCACUUAUGUGCAGUAUGUACUUAUAUUAAGUAAAGAAAUAGACCCUGUAAUUGAGACUGCAAUUUAUAAUACGGUGUACCUUAUGGUGUGGAAAAUACAGUAUUUCACAUUGUUAUGAUUGCUAAUCACUGCCUGCUCUUACAGUUAACAUGGAUAUUUGACUUUAUAAACUGUCAAUGACAUUGAAUAUGUUAUUAUGCCAUUUAACCUCUCUGAAAGUACAGUAGUAGUCUUUCGGCAUCUCCCAUUGUGUUGCAACAGAAAAAUACAAAAGAGAUCAUAGAAGAGGACGAAAAGGAGAAGACAUACAAUAGCUUACAGUGCUACAAAACAUGGCAGAAUGCAACAGAGAUGACAGCUAUAUUUUUUAAUACUUUAGAGAGAAAAUGCCUGGUGACAUCAAUAAAGGGAAGAAGUCCUUUGUCCAGAAGUGUUCUCAGUGUCACACAGUGGAGAAUGGGGGGAAACACAAGGUCGGCCCAAACCUGUGGGGUCUGUUUGGUCGCAAAACGGGCCAGGCAGAAGGUUACAGCUAUACGGAUGCAAACAAAAGCAAAGGCAUUAUAUGGGAUGAGAACACCCUCAAUGUCUACUUGGAGAACCCCAAAAAGUACAUUCCGGGAACAAAGAUGAUCUUUGCUGGCAUCAGGAAGAAGAAUGAGCGCGCUGACCUUAUAGCAUAUCUUAAAUCUGCGACUUCUUGAAUAACUUUACCAUCAAAAUGUGUUGUCAUUUUCUUUUUAACAAUCGACAGUUUUGUCACAGCAGUGCUGUUUUUUUUUUUUUUUUUUUUUAAAUAUUCUCCACCUUCUUCUCGGAGUGUUAAACCCUAGUUUGAACAGGUUCUUUUUUUUUUUUCAAAUAUAUAAUUUAUCAAACCACAUACUGAAUUCAGACUAGAAACUUGUUUGUGAUGUUCUAGCAUUUGUUUUAGUUGUCAUCAUUUGCAUGUCCUACCUUUUAACAACAUAUUACUUUGUCACGAUUUAAUAACCGAGAGGUUUUUUUGUUGUUUUGCAUUGAAUGAAACACUAAAGGAGAUCUUGUAUUUUGUGUAAUGUCAGGACAAUAUUGUUAAGUAGUUCUUGUAGGCUUGUAGUAGUAAGUAUGGAUUGGACACUCACAUGGUGUUGUGGUAUAUCUGGAUGGGAUUACUUUAGUGCCGCAUAUUAAAACUAGUAUUUCUGA